GCUUUUCUGUGCAUUAGCGUGACGUGUUUCGUGAGGUAGGCUUGAUACAGAGGUGUGGCCAACAGGUACAUUCAGUACCAGGAAAACCUCAGGUGAGACAGAAAGCUGGUUGUCAGUUUCAGUUCAUCAUCAGAUCCUAUGCAAACGGUUUUCUUUAGCUGCCUCACCUUUACUAACUGACAAAUGCAGGGAAAACACGCUAGUAAGAUGUCUUUAGGAUUUGCCUUUGCUUUACUGCUGACACUCCAGAGUCUCCAGCUGGUUUCCACUCAAUCCUCUAAUCUUGAGAAUGGAGACGUAACUCCUUCACCAGUCAAUGGGAUACCUAAUGAACGGAACAAAGAAUAUAAUUCAAUCUCACCUGACAUUUCUUCAGGAUCCAUGACAUUUAGUGGGGAUGGUGAAUCUCAAGAUGGCAACCAGACUGUCAGAGCAGCUACAGGACAAUAUGUUGAUAACGCGAAUACAACCUCAUCACCUCAGACUACACUCAAUGUCAGCAGUAACCCAACAACAACCAAUGCAACCUCGAUCCCGCAAAAUAACACGAGCAAUCCGGUCACACCGAACCCAAACCUCGGACCGUCAGUAACCAAUGGCAGCCAUGUAAACCUCGCAGAGAACGACACCACAACUUCAAGUCCUGGGACUUCAACUACUAUUAAUACAGCUAGUACUACUUCUACUCCUGCUUUUAACAUCACGCAGAGCUCAACAUCAACAGUCAGUGGGAACUUCUCGACUACAAGUCCACCACAAGUUGAAAAUUACACAAAGUCUCCUAGUGAAAAUUCAACAAAUACGACGGCCUCUACAACAACUAUCAUGUACAAUCACACCAGUGUUGUACUGAUUAAUGACUCUAGCAAUGCGUCCACUACAACUUUGAACGCAACUGGGGUAUCUCUUGAUUCCAGAGGAAGCAUGGAUAGAGGUCUGUCUCCAGAUAUUCAACAACAAACCAAAAGUCAGGCAUGGGGAGCCAUUCUGGGUAUCGGUGUUGGAGUAGCAAUUAUUGCUCUGGUGAUCUUAAUCAUUGUGAAACGGAGGAACUACAGAGAUUUCUCACACAGGAAACUGGUGGAGGACAUGCCAUCUGAUCCAGUUCUCCAAUUGGACAACAGUGAGCCUCUGGAUUUGAAAUUUGAUGGAUUUGCAUACUACAAUCCUGGACUGCAAAGAGACAACAUCCAAAUGACUAACUUUCCACAUGGACACACUAACUAA